UUAGACUGGCAGGUUCCAUCAUUGAUGAUGAACCAAGUGGAGAAAUCAUGAAUCAUCGGUGAAGUCGAAGCUAUGACCAAAGACUAAUUUGACGUUUCAACGCUGCCCACGCCGGCAUCGUUCUAUCGUUCAAUUUUCCAUUCUAGAAUUUGAAUCCAGUCGCUGCAUCGUUACCCUAUUUUAACUAGGCUUGGUUUGCCUGCUGACACACACAUUUAGCUUAGUAAAACUUGUAAACACUUUGUGAAAGAUGGCUGACAACGGCUCACACUCGACGGAAGAGGACCCGGCCGCCGAGUUCCUGGCCCAGCAGGAGAAUGAGAUAGCGGGGAUAGAGAACGACGCGGAAGACUUCGGGGAGCUGGACGGGGAGGACGGCCAACAGCCCCCCCAGCAACCGACGACUAACUACGACCUUUUUGCGGAGGAGCCCGCCACAGUGAACGGGGAUAUGUUUCAGGAGUCCAAUGGCCCCACAGACAACUACGCAGCCAUCGCCCAAGUGGAUAUUCAGAGGCAAGAGCCAGAAAGUCUUCGCAAGUGGAGGGAGGAGCAGAAAGAACGCCUGGAGGCUUUAGACUCGGCAGCCAAGGCAGCCGAGGCAGAGUUGAGAGAGAAGGCCAAGAAGGAGCUGGAAGACUGGCAUGUACACCAGAAUGAGCAGAUGGAGAAGAACAAGGCCAACAACAGGAUUGCUGACAAGGCUUUCUACAAACAGCCCAGCUCUGAUCUUGUAGGCUUUGUAGCGUCCGAGGAGGCCUUCCUGGCCGAGAGCAACGGUGACUGUCCCGGAUCGGCGUGGGAGCGAGUAGCCCAUCUGUGCGACUUCAACCCAAAAACCAACAAGCAGGCAAAGGACGUGUCUCGAAUGCGCUCUGUCCUCAUCUCGCUCAAACAGACCCCACUCGUCCGCUAGGCUAGAGGACUAACUGCACACUAACUUUGCCUUUUCACUUGUAACCACACCUCACAUCAUAAGUUUGUAAUCCCAGUUUUCAACAACAAAAAAACUCCUAUAUGCAUAUACACACCGUAUAUACAACCCGUAAAUUCCGGACUAUAAGCCACUACUUUUUUCACACACUUUGAACCCUGCCGCUUAAACAAUGAUGCGGCUAAUUUAUUAUUCAUGAUGCUUCGUGUGCAGAUUCAGGAAGUAGUGAAUUGGACAAGUCAUAUGCAGCGAUCGUUUUUUGAUCUGACAAAUCUUAAGUAAGUUUGAGCAAGUGUAGAAUCACUACAGCUUCUGCUUGGACAGUGGCAGCUGCUGAACUCCAGUGGAAAAAAAAAACCAUCAGCAGCAUGCUAACGAGUGCCGCUGAGGACACAGAAAGUAGGUAGGAUUGCAAGGUUUAUAGUGUGUCUUUCUGUGUAAAUAUCCCAUGUUACAAGGUGGACACCUGCGGCUUAUAGACAAGUGCAGCCUACUGUAUGCAUGUACCAAAAAAAAAAUCUCUUUAAAUUAGGUGGGUGUGCUCAAAGGUCCGUAAUUUACGGUGUAUAAAUAACCAUCCCAAUUUUCUUGAUGCCUAUUUUAUUAGAAUAAUCAUCUCACUCUUGUGGGAAUAUGAAGGACUGCUGCAUUAUUUUAUCAUUGCCGAAGAAAAUAUUGUUACUGUAAGUUAACUAUUUGUUACCCUUUUUAAAUUUAUGAAUAUUUAGGUCAAUUUUAAUGCAUGUCUUUUAUUUUGUCGUUUUCCAGUCAAAACUUUCUUAUUGAGCACAUUGCAGUGUAGAUUGUAACCACUUAUGCCUCUCAGUAAUAUAGAACCACAAACCACGGAACGUUCGCUGUAGCCUAUAGCCUCGAUUUGCAGCUUUAAUCGUCUCCAUCUCGGAAAAAUUGAAGCGCUAUGACUUAAUUUGCAAAAGUAAAAUGAGGGAAAAAAUGGCCCACAACCAAAUAUUUUAACUCCUGCGUUUGAAUUUCAAAUAAAAAGGUGUGUGCUGCAUUCUCAUUUCAUCCAUAUUUUAUAAGCUGCAGUCUGCUCCAUGUCAAUUUUCACAUUCUUUCACAUGUUGCCUAUUUGGGAAAACCUGAGGAAAGUGAAUGUUAAAAGGGAGUUGGUCAAUUAAAAAACAUAAUGGAAGGUCA